CGUCUUCCCCUAUCGAAUCGAAUUGAACUUUCCAAUCCCCUCCUCCUCCAAAACCCCAACUGAUCCAUUUCCAUCGGAGCGAGCGAGAGAGAGAGAGUGGCUGCAGCCAUGGCGGAGUGCUCCUCCUCGGACGACUGGGUCAUGCUCGACUGCGACAACCCCGCGGACUCCGACGGCGACGACGUCAUCCUCGCGCUCUCUUCCUCCUGCGCCACCCCCACCUGCUGCUCCGACGACGACGACAUGGAGGAGACCGAUGCUGACGACGACGGCUUCUUCGCCGAGGAGCUCGAGGAGGACCCGCCGCUGGCGCGCCCGCUCUCGGGCCUCUUCUACCACACCGCCUCCACCAAGGAGCCAGGCUACCUCGCCUUCGACGCGCUCCGCGGCGCCAAACAGCUCAUCCCGGACCCGCGCUUCUCCGCCUUCCUGGAGCCCGUCGCCGUCCUCGCCUCCACCCGCGGCCUCGUCUGCGUCCGCGGGGAGUCCUCCGGCUGCUACUACGUCGCCAACCCGGCCACCUUCAGGCGGGUGCGCCUCCCUCGCCACACCCGCGACCACUCCGCUUUCGGGAUACCCGCCGUCGUCCUCACCUUUGAGGAAAACGCCACCCCCAUCGAGCACUUCCACGUCGUCGUCGCGUUCAACAUCGAGGGCGGCGUCUGGGCCUUCGAGUCCUUCUCCUCGAGGACCUGGGAGUGGCGCGUAAGCUCAGAGAUAUCUGUCGUCGAGCAGGUCGUCCCCACCUCCGGAGUCGGCGCCCUCGGCCGCGCUUUCUGGCGCACCAGCAUCGGCUACAUCCUCUGCUACGACCCGGAGAAGGGCUACUCCGACGUGUUACCCGCGCCGCAGGAGGUGGAGACCCAGCCGCUCUGGGAGCUUGGCGAGAUGGAGGGCAAGCUCUGCGUCACCUGCAUGGAUGAGCGCAUCACCGAGGUGGUGGUGCUCUGCCUCAACAUGGACCAUCUCCUCGAUGGGGAGCCGGCGUGGUCGUGGGCCGGCCAGUUUGAAGGCGGCAGGCUCAGGAACCGGGAGGGCGCCGAGCUGCUCCGCUCGCAGGGCGCGGCUGAGGUUGUGAUGUGGGACCCCACGGAGGAGCGCAUCGUCGUCAUGGACCUCGACGGCCGCACCACCCGCACCAUCGGCCCGCUCUCCGACGAAGACUACAGUGCAGGUUUCAUCCCCUUCGUUGCCUCAGUCACCGAAAUCGCCAGCGAACAACUGAGCGCAAAGCACAGGAUUAGUGCUGCUGACGCGAACACACCCAACCUUGGAGCAGAUGCCAGCACACUCAACUUCGCAGCAUCAGCUGCGCAGGUUCACUGAAGCUUCAACUAAUCUGUACCAAUAGCUAGCAGACAGAAAGAAGAUUCGUUGACGAUGACCAGAAGAA